UUGUGCGUACGGAGGCCCCGCCCCCUGCACGUCGCGGAGCGUUAGCGCUGAGUCGCACUCGAGCGGAGGAGAAGAAACGGAGGAAAACCAAGAUGAGCGGCCGCGUGAGUGAACUCAAACCCCGACACUUAGACUCAGACACGAAAACCCAACAGAUUAUGCAAGCGGCUCGAUGCCCAACGGACGAACUGUCGUUGACCAACUGUGCCGUCAUCAAUGAGAAGGAACCACAGUUUGAACAACACGUGACUGUGCGCAAUUUAAACCACAAGUUUGUGUUCACCUUGAAGAAGCAUCCGAGUGUGAACUCCGGGACCAUCGGCUUCAGUCUGCCGCAGAGAAAAUGGGCAGGCCUAUCGAUCGGACAAGAGGUUGAAGUAACAAACUACAAGUUUGACAAGUCCAGACAGUGUAUAAGCAGCAUGACGGUGGAGAUAGACUUCCUGCAGAAGAAGAGCGUGGACAGCAACCCGUACGACUCCGACAAGAUGGCUACCGAAUUCAUCCAGCACUUCAACAACCAGGCUUUCUGUGUUGGCCAGCAGCUGGGCUUUAGUUUCUGUGACAAGCUGUUUGGCUUGGUGAUAAAAGAUAUUGAGGCCAUGGACCCCAGCGUCCUGAGGGGAGAACAAGCCAGUGGCAAGAAACCGAAGAUUGAGAUUGGUUUGUUGCUGGGAAACAGUCAGGUGAUUUUUGAAAAGUCAGAGAGCUCAUCCAUGACUCUGAUUGGGAAAGCCAAAACCCGAGAGUCUCGCCAGUCCAUCAUCAGCCCGGACUGGAAUUUUGAGAAGAUGGGUAUUGGCGGCCUUGACAAGGAGUUCUCUGACAUCUUCCGCAGAGCCUUCGCCUCCCGAGUCUUCCCUACAGACAUAGUCGAACAGAUGGGCUGUAAGCAUGUGAAGGGAAUCCUGCUGUACGGACCCCCAGGCUGCGGUAAAACCCUGAUGGCACGACAGAUUGGCAAGAUGCUGAAGGCCCGGGAGCCGAAGAUAGUCAACGGCCCCGAGAUCCUCAACAAGUACGUCGGGGAGUCUGAGGCCAACGUCAGGAAGCUGUUUGCAGACGCUGAGGAGGAACAGAAGAGGGUAAGGACCAUACCC